CUCUUGGUUCUCUCUGACGACAUGAUCCUGAAAGUGGUAUUCUGCACCUUGUUGGCUGUUGUGGGAGCCGAUAAGCUUCCGUCUACUUCUUACGGAGCACCCGCCAGGGGAAGUGGAGGCUUCACUGCGGGAUCCAGAGGAGGCUUUGGUGGGGGUAUCGGAGGAUCGCCUGCGGGAGGUUUCGGAGGCUCACCUGCGGGAGGUUUCGGAGGCUCACCUGCGGGAGGUUUCGGAGGCUCACCUGGGGGAGGUUUUGGAGGAUCAGCUGGUGGAGCCUUCGGAGGCACAGCUGGUGUAGGCUUCGGGGGAGCUGGCAGUGGAAGUUCCCUUAGCGGAAGCUACAGACCUUCAGGUCCCGUAGUCCCAAUCUUAAGAGACGACCGUCAGGGACCUGAUGAGUAUGGAAACUACAAUUUCAACUUUGAAACUGGUGAUGGCAUCAGUCGUCAGGAGCAAGGCGCCCCUCAGGGUCCAACUGGUGCUGUGGCAGCUCAAGGAGGAUGGACAUUUACUUUCCCUGAUGGAACUCCCGCUGCUUUCAACUUCGUAGCAGAUGAAGGUGGUUACCGCGUGGAGUCUGACCUGGUGCCCACGCCCCAUCCUCUUCCCGCCCACGCUAUCGCCCAGAUCGAGAAGGCUCGUCAGGAAGACGCUGCUGCAGCUGCCGCAGGUGGACGUGGAUCAUACAGCGCUGCUUCAGGCUCUGCUUCUCAGUUUACUGGAGCACCUGCUGGUGGCUUCGGUGCUUCACCUGCUGGUGGCUUCGGUGGUUCACCUGCUGGUGGCUUCGGUGCUUCACCUGCUGGUGGCUUCGGUGCUUCACCUGCUGGUGGCUUCGGUGCUUCACCUGCUGGUGGCUUCGGUGCUUCACCUGCUGGUGGCUUCGGUGCUUCACCUGCUGGUGGCUUCGGUGCUUCACCUGCUGGUGGUUUCGGUGCUUCACCUGCUGGUGGCUUCGGUGCUUCACCUGCUGGUGGCUUCGGAACCUCAGGCCGUGGUAGCGCUCCUGUGGCUCCCAGUAGAACUUACGGCGCCCCAUAAGCAUUACUGUACCGUACCAACGACUCCAUCAUUCUCGAUACAUAUUCAUUAGAUAUUUUCUCACUUGAUAACUCGUUCAUUUGUGUUGCUGUCAUUCUUGGAUCUUUUUGUCCCACUAAGUCAGUUUAUCUUGCCACACGUGGUCUCUUAACUGACGUUGCACUGAA